UUCACACAUUUAAACAACAUUUGUUGUUACAGAUGCCUUUGAAGAUAGUUUUAUCCAGCCUCGGAGGGUCAUGAAUGGAAAACUGUCACUGGAUUUGAUCCGAAGAACACACCACGGAGUUACCAUAAUGUUGGAUCAUGGCCAGCUCCGUUAUGGCUACUCACAGCAGCCUGUAUCAAGACUGGAAGACCUCAAAAUUGCAAAACGAGCCAUAGAGCUGGCUGAACACCGCCUCCCCAAAGAUGAGUGGCCUGAGUACCAUGAUGGUAAGUCUGGGAGUUAUGUUGGGAAGCAAGCAAGGAAAUAUCAGACAUGGAGCGUUUCUAGCUACUUGGUCGCAAAGAUGAUGAUUGAGAUUCUGGUGAAAUUAGCAAAAAAAUAUUUGCAAAAGGACGAUAUAAAGCAUGCGCAUCCGGGGAAUCGAACCCCGGUCAGUACCGUGGGAGGGUACUAUGAUACCACUACACUAGAUGCGCCCUGCUGUUCAACAGCCACAAUUGAUAUCUUUAAAUGUAAUAAGGGCCAAUUCCUGACUUUUUCGAAGCCCUAUUCCUAA